GAACCGGCCAGUGCCCCUGUGACAGUUCGGUGAUAUACCUGGCCGUUAACGGACCGUGAGCUAUUUCGGUGUCGCGUGGCUGAACAUCUCCAAUUCGAACUCCUAUGCAAACUCGCUAUCAAAACAAAUCGGACACGCGUGCUUUUCCCGCAGAAAUGACGUCACCGCCACAGCCCUCCCCUUCCCUGUCCACCGUAGGCAACAACUACUAGAAUAACAGAAAUAACUGAUAAAAUAUUUUUGGAUAAUGUUUUUCAAAAUGUUUGACGUUUCAAACCGCUCGAGCAGGAGGGAGGGAUAUUGAGGCCAGCAGAUUAGCGCUGUGAGCUGUCUGAGAGGCGGAUGUGAGGUCACCAGGAGCGCGUCCAUGUUAUUAUUGUUAUUUCGGUAGCUGGCAGUGUGAUGAGACGGAUUGGAGAGCCGUCGGGCUCAAAGACUAGGUUAAUGCUCUUCCAGGCCGCCCCGGACUAAACAGCCACCCCGGAGAAAGGAGCCCUGUCGCCGGCAGGGGAGAGCACCCAGCACAGGCUCCUCCGACCAGCAGCCCUCCGAACGACAUAGGCGACAAAAACAAUACGGUAUUCGCUAAACCCAACGCUAGCCCCAUAAGUGUUGUGUGCGGUAACACCCUCCGCAGAUAUGAACGGCAUCACCAAGGGAAGGUUCGAGGUGUUCUCCAACAGUGAUGAAGCUCCCAUUAACAAGAAGCUUCCCAAAGAGCUGCUGCUCAGAAUCUUCUCCAAUCUGGAUGUGAUCACAUUGUGCAGGUGUGCCCAGGUGUCCAAGGCGUGGAAUGUCCUGGCCUUGGAUGGUAGUAACUGGCAGAAGAUUGACCUGUUCAACUUCCAGACAGACAUAGAGGGUAGAGUAGUGGAGAACAUCUCCAAGCGAUGUGGAGGCUUCCUAAGGCAGCUGAGUUUGAGGGGAUGUCUCAGUGUGGGAGACGCAUCCAUGAAGACGUUUUCCCAGAACUGCCGUAACAUUGAGGUGUUGAACCUGAACGGCUGCACUAAGAUCACAGACAGCACCUGCCUCAGCCUCUCCAAGUUCUGCUGCAAACUCCGACAGCUGGACCUCACCUCCUGUGUGUCUGUUACCAACCACUCCCUCAAAGCUCUCAGUGAUGGCUGUAGUAUUUUGGAGACAUUGAACCUGUCGUGGUGUGACCAAAUCACCAGAGAUGGCAUCGAGGCUCUGGCCAGGGGCUGUAACAGCCUACGAGGCCUGUUCCUACGUGGCUGCACACAGUUGGAGGACGGAGCACUGAAACACCUCCAGAAACACUGUCCUGAACUAACCACUAUCAACAUGCAGUCCUGCUCACAGAUAACUGAUGAUGGCUUGGUCACUCUGUGUCGGGGUUGUCACAAGCUGCAGAUCCUGUGUGUCUCUGGCUGCAGUAACAUUACAGACGCCUCUCUCACCGCUCUGGGUCUCAACUGCCCCCGACUCAAGAUCUUGGAGGCUGCACGAUGUUCACAUGUUACAGAUGCUGGGUUUACUGUACUGGCCAGGAAUUGUCACGAAAUGGAAAAAAUGGAUUUAGAAGAAUGCAUUUUGGUGACUGACAACACUCUAGUCCAGCUCGCUAUUCACUGCCCUCACCUGCAAGCACUGUCUCUCUCCCACUGUGAGCUGAUAACUGACGAUGGUAUCAGGGCGCUGAGCAGCAGUGUGUGUGGACAGGAGCGCCUCACGGUGGUGGAGUUGGAUAACUGCCCUCUGAUCACAGACGGGACUCUGGAGCACCUGAAGAACUGCCACCGUCUGGAGAGGAUAGAACUCUACGACUGCCAGCAGGUCACCAGGGCCGGCAUCAAACGCAUACGGGCCCAUCUGCCAGAGAUAAAAGUCCACGCCUACUUUGCCCCGGUGACGCCGCCUCCCUUGGUGCACGGCGGUGGCCAUAGGCUGUGUCGCUGCUGCAUCAUCCUCUGACAGUGGAGGGCCAGGGGGGGGCAACUCUGCCUACAGGUCCUACUGCUGUGACCCCCCCCCCUCACUACUGGUCACUACUGAUCUCUGAUUAAUACCCUGGACAUGGACCCCCCAUCACUACUGGUCACUACUGAUCUCUGAUUAAUACCCUGGACAUGGACCCCCCGUCACUACUGGUCACUACUGAUCUCUGAUUAAUACCCUGGACAUGGACCCCCCAUCACUACUGGUCACUACUGAUCUCUGAUUAAUACCCUGGACAUGGACCCCACAUCACUACUGGUCACUACUGAUCUCUGAUUAAUACCCUGGACAUGGACCCCCCAUCACUACUGGUCACUACUGAUCUCUGAUUAAUACCCUGGACAUGGACCCCCCAUCAAUACUGGUCACUACUGAUCUCUGAUUAAUACCCUGGACAUGGACCCCCCCAUCACUACUGAUUUCGGAUCAAUACCCUGGACAUGGACCCCCCCCAUCACUACUGGUCACUACUGAUCUCUGAUCAAUACCCUGGACAUGGACCCCCCAUCACUACUGGUCACUACUGAUCUCUGAUCAAUAACCUGGACAUGGACCCCCCAUCACUACUGAUCUCUGAUCAAUACCCCGACAUGGACCCCCCCAUCACUACUGUUCACUACUGAUCAAUACCCUGGACAUAGACCCCCCAUCACUACUGGUCACUACUGAUCUCUGAUCAAUACAGACUGAUUGAUCACUACUGAUAAAUUAUUAAUUGGACCCUUUCUGAUCAGCACUGCAGGCUCCUCUCCAACUCUACCCUCCCCUUCCAGACCCCUCCUCUCAAACACUACCCUCCCCUUCCAGACCCCUCCUCUCCAACACUACCCUCUCCUUCCAGACCCCUCCUCUCCAACACUACCCUCCCCUUCCAGACCCCUCCUCUCCAACUCUACCCUCCCCUUCCAGACCCCUCCUGUCCAACUCUACCUUCCCUUUCCAGACCCCUCCUGUCCAACACUACCCUCCCCUUCCAGACCCCUCCUGUCCAACUCUACCCUCCCCUUCCAGACCCCUCCUCUCCAACACUACCCUCCCCUUCCAGACCCCUCCUCUCCAACACUACCCUCCCCUUCCAGACCCCUCCUCUCCAACACUACCCUCCCCUUCCAGACCCCUCCUGUCCAACUCUACCCUCCCCUUUUCAGACCCCUCCUCUCCAACUCUACCCUCCCCUUCCAGACCCCUCCUGUCCAACACUACCCUCCCCUUCCAGACCCCUCCUGUCCAGUACUUGGACUAGUGGAUGAGGGGGGGAUGAUCCUAAAGAGGCAGAGGGCUAAAACCCACAAAAUGGUUGACAGUGUUAUUCCGGAAGGUGGAAUGGUACAGAACGUGCACAUAGAAGUACGUUGUGUAGAACAGAGUUGACGACGAGCGAUGGUAAUCGUGUCAGCUCCAUAUUUUACAUUUCUGUCUGCAACGUUUCCACCGUUUUGCCCUUCUAACCAUACCCUUGGACAACGCAUCACUCUGGGUGGAACUUCAUCUCAACCAAUCACACGCCACCUCUGUGUGACCGGGCUGCGAGUCAACCUGCUGCGACCAAUCGACGUCCAGCUCUGUGGAUGUAAAAAGGGAGAUUCUGGGAAGUGUAGUGAUUCUGGGUUUGAGCAGAGAGGAUUCUGGGAUAGCCCUUUUUGACUCACGCUACGGAGGAGACACCACUAAACUCCACCCAUCCAGAGGCAAACCAGAAGUACAAAACAGGAAGUACAAAACUGAACAUUUUGUUUUUUUUUGUGCACCUGAGAACCUGCCGUUUGAGACUACGUUUUUGUUUGUAAGAGAGUGUUUUGCAAUGAGGGCAAAGAAAAAGAAUUACAAUAUGGCAACUCACCUUCGGAUUGGAGUUGGCCAGUAACAAAUUAUUAUUAUUUUCCCUAUUUUUCAGUGCUUAUUGUAAUUGUCCAUGCUUGUCUAUCCAGAGGGAGAUCAGAUAUGUGUAUCUCUCCUUUUGAAAAUAAUGAAAACAAACUGUUACUGUUGGACAAAAAUGGACUGUCUCUGUCAGAACACAGCAUCUGAUGACAUCAGGUUGGUUUUGUAUGCUACAUCACUGGAACGUGUGUACUCCGGGCCUCCUGUGCAGUGUGUGGCUGUGGAACACACAGGCCUGGUUCCAAACUGACCCUAGCCCCUUGACCACUAAGAAACUCCUGACUCCCCCUCAAUUAAAUGUAACGGAGAGGUUUGAGCCUAAGUGAUGAACAUGUGUCUUUUAGAUUUAAAAAAAAUUCUGGAGCAGUGGAUUCAAGCAACAUGGCGGCAGAUACUUCACACAGUUUACCAGACAGAUACUUUAUACAGUUUACCAGACAGACACUUCACACAGUUUACCAGACAGAUACUUUAUACAGUUUACCAGACAGAUACUUCACACAGUUUACCAGACAGAUACUUCACACAGUUUACCAUACAGAUACUUCACACAGUUUACCAGACAGAUACUUCAUACAGUUUACCAUACAGAUACUUCAUACAGUUUACCAUACAGAUACUUCAUACAGUUUACCAUACAGAUACUUCACACAGUUUACCAGACAGAUACUUCACACAGUUUACCAGACAGAUACUUCACACAGUUUACCAGACAGAUACUUCAUACAGUCUACCAGACAGAUACUUCACACAGUUUACCAGACAGAUACUUCACACAGUUUACCAGACAGAUACUUCACACAGUUUACCAGACAGAUACUUCACACAGUUUACCAUACAGAUACUUCAUACAGUUUACCAUACAGAUACUUCACACAGUUUACCAGACAGAUACUUCAUACAGUUUACCAUACAGAUACUUCACACAGUUUACCAGACAGAUACUUCAUACAGUUUACCAUACAGAUACUUCACACAGUUUACCAUACAGAUACUUCAUACAGUUUACCAGACAGAUACUUCACACAGUUUACCAGACAGAUACUUCACACAGUUUACCAGACAGAUACUUCACACAGUUUACCAGACAGAUACUUCACACAGUUUACCAGACAGAUACUUCACACAGUUUACCUUACAGAUACUUCACACAGUUUACCAGACAGAUACUUCACACAGUUUACCAGACAGAUACUUCACACAGUUUACCGUACAGAUACUUCACACAGUUUACCAGACAGAUACUUCACACAGUUUACCAGACAGACACUUCAUACAGUUUACCAGACAGAUACUUUAUACAGUUUACCAGACAGAUACUUCACACAGUUUACCAGACAGAUACUUCACACAGUUUACCGUACAGAUACUUCAUACAGUUUACCAGACAGAUACUUCACACAGUUUACCAGACAGAUACUUCACACAGUUUACCAUACAGAUACUUCACACAGUUUACCAUACAGAUACUUCAUACAGUUUACCAGACAGAUACUUCAUACAGUUUACCGUACAGAUACUUCACACAGUUUACCAUACAGAUACUUCACACAGUUUACCAGACAGAUACUUCAUACAGUCUACCAGAUGGAGAUUGUGGUCAAGAUAUGGACCGCUAUGUUACUGUUAUCUACCAUGUAAUCUCUUGUGGACAGAUGCGCAUAACAUAACUGGUAUCGUAGCAUCUGUCAACAGACUGUGGGUUGCGACGACUAACGAUGAACUUCGUUCCGGUGCGCAGAUCUCUUUCAUCACUGGUAAUUUGGACAAAUCACGAUUUUGCAGGCGUUAGCAUCUUUCGAAUUUCGGAAGAGUAGGGGAUAUUUGGCCCAUACGCCUCUCCCAUAACUUGCAAAGAGAGGUGGGUGGAGCUCCUAGUUCCGCUUGCGCUCCUCGUUCUAGUAUAUUUUCUAACACAUCUUCCCCCAGAACUUAAUCGAGCAUCUAACGCAAUUGCACAAUAUUUUUCAUUCUGGGUGUCCGAGAUUACAUACCUUGUGCUUUCAGGUGUUUCGGGACUAAGGGAAGGGGUCAGGGCCUGUCUGUGUGUAGUCUUGGACAGACAGAGGCGUGUAGUAUAUAAUAUGGGUGUUUGACUCGGAUGCUGCUGGUUCUAGGCCGUGUUCUAGGCCAUAAAACUGACCGACCUCCAGGGUUGGGGUCAGUUCUUUAUUAAUUCAGUCUUUGAAUUUAAAUGGAAUUGAUCCUAACCCUGCUGACCUCACUGUGUGGCAGUGAUACUAAUGCCUCUCUUUGACAGUUUAUCUAACAGGAGCUUUAUGUUGAAGAAAAUAAAUAAAUAAAUAUAACAAAUAAAUCAAAAUAACUGAUAGUAAACGUGCUCUGACUGGCGCUACAGUGGAAUUUGUUAAAAUAAAUGUUCUGAGCAGCG